AUGAGAACUCUUAGAGAUGCGUUAGGGGUUAACGGUCAGAUAUACUGGGAUGGAAAUCAUGACUCCAUCAUACAACAGUUAGUAUAUUAUUAUAAUAAUACAUGGCAUAGAACAAUAAACAUGAAACCAGUGGAAAUGAAAAAUGAUAUUUCAAAAGAAUGGGAAUAUAUUAGAAAGCAAAUGGAAAGGUUGAAUGAUGUUAAACGUGAACAAAUUAAUUCGGGGCUCAUGAAUUUUAAACAAGGGGACAAAGUUUUGAUUCAUCUCGAUUAUGGAAAAACUGAUAAAUCAAUGACAAAAAGAAGACGAAGAUUUGACACAAUAGCUGAAUUUGUUAGAUAUAUUAACGGCAAUGCAUUAGUUGAAGUUGACAAUAAAUUAAUAGAAAUUCCGAUUUAUUUUAUUACUCCAUUAUAUUUAAAUAAUAUUUAA